AUGACUAAUAACUGGACCAAACUCCGACGAUAUCUGGCAGGAAAACCUUCAAAGACUGGUAUGGAGGCUGAAACGUUACCCACCCGAAAAACUCCCAUCGAAUGUACUCUUGGUAAAAUGAUGAUUCGUAUGAACUCAGAAACGGGAGGACUUGAAUACAUGGGAGAGAUAAAUCAAGGGGAAUUUAUCAAACUUGACCACACAGAUUUAAAAAAUAUUAAGGACCGAAUGGAAGAAUUGGAACAAGAAAAUAGAUUAUUGAAAUUGAGGAAUGAAAUUUUAUUGGAUUUACUUUCUUCAACGACACUUGAUGCAAAAUACAUGGAACAAACUCUUUUAAAGAUAAAGAAUGAAGGAAUUCCAAAGCUUUCAGACAAACAAAUAUCAGAAGAAAAACAUAAAACAAAAAAAGAAAAGAAAAAGGUGCAAGAAACAAAACAAGAAAUUAGUGAUGUAAAGAAGGUUGUUUCUCGGCGAAAACAAUCGAUCGAUAAAUCCUCUGCAUUGUUGGUAGAGUAG